AUGGGAAAGGUUCACGGAUCGUUGGCGCGUGCCGGAAAGGUCAAGUCUCAGACCCCCAAGGUUGAGCCUCAGGAGAAGAAGAAGACCCCCAAGGGCCGCGCGAAGAAGAGACUCACAUACACCCGCCGUUUCGUCAACGUCACCCUCACCGGAGGCAAGCGCAAGAUGAACCCCAACCCUACCUCCUAA